UAAACUUCCAGAUUAAGCACUGUAUAAUGUUCAAAGCAACAACAUGAUUUCAAAAAAUUAAAAAACAAUUGUUUGUUCGGAUUGUACAUAAACAGUGAUCAUAGCAGUACCGUUUGGGAAGGUGAAUAGCCCUCAGCGAAACUGGAAUUAUACUUGGUUUUAAUUUUCUCUUAAUCCGCUUUACUGCAUUUCAUGCUUUGUUUUACGAUAGAUAUGCGAAAGUGUGUUUUCCACAUGAAAAAAUCCACGUGCUUUAUUUGUUCGGUGCUAACUAUGCCAUACUAUAUAGAGUUCUUCCUGUAACAACUGGUUCAAGAAAUGGUCACUACUGUAAAAACUAUACCGGUUUGAGUAAUGAUGCUUCAGAAGUGAGAGGAUUACAGUGUCCUGUUUCUUCACGCUCAAGAAUUCGGCUGGGAAUUACGUGAACACCAAGUCUGAAGAUGACGUGUUUAUGCAGCAUAUCUACUUACAGAACUCAAUAUUUGUGACUUCGCAAGGCAUUCUCAUAUAAUUGUUCGUAUUCAGUAUAUAUACAUUAGAACAAUGUAGAAAUUUUCAGUUUCAAAAUGGCAAGCUCAUUCAAAAUAUUGCUUUUGUUUUUCUGUGAUAUGUGCCUCGCUUUGGACUUAUCUGUUCAGAUUGUUGCGCCGGAACGUGCUACUGAAAAUAACUUGCGUUCUGCGAUCAGCCGGGGUUCUAGUGCCGUUAAUGGUGGCAGAUACAACCCUCUACGGUCAGAGGGGUUGUUUGUGGAAGCCGAUAUAUUUUUUAUUCAUAAUGAGUUCCCAACUCCGCAGGAAAUUACGGAAUUUUACUGCAGCGAGGUGUUUCAGAAAAAUGCAAGUGCUGUAAUGAGUAUAAACUAUAAUCAGCUGACAUCUAGAGCAACAGACUAUAUAGAGAAAACUGCAUUAAGUCUCGGAAUGCCUGUUAUUAGCUGGGAUCCGGUGUCUUCAGGUGCCUUACAGAGUGACCAGGAACGAUUAGUGCUACAACUUGCUCCUACAAUUUACCACGAGUGCGAGGCUAUGAUUUUACUGAUGGAAAGAUAUAACUGGACGGAAUUUUCCAUUGUAACCAUGCGUGAUAUGGGUGAAGAUUUUAUUCAAUGUAUGGAAUUGAUGGUAAACCUAACAAGUAUUCAGCAAGGUUAUACGACAAAACCAAGGUUUACAAAUAUAGCCACGAUUGUUCUUGAAGAAUUAGAGACAGAAUAUGGUUUUCUUACAGACAGUCAAACAGAGUAUGUUAAAACAGAACUUCAGAAACUUGUCAAAGCAAGAAGCAGGAUUAUUUUGUUUCAUGCAAAGCAUUUUGAUACUAGGAACAUUAUAGAAGUAGCGAUAGAUUUAAAUCUUAUAGGACCAAAAUUUGCAUGGAUACUGACAUCAUCUAGCAUUGGGGAGGUUGAUCUCAGUCGCUCAGGAACAUCGCUGCCUCAAGGGCUUCUAGCUGUGAGUCAGAACCGGUCUGUAGAAAAGGUUGAAGAAGCAAUCGAGACCGCUGUAAAGAUUUAUGGAGAAUCUCUGAAAACAUUGUUGAGGUCGGGAAUGAAUAGCAGUGAGUUUUAUCCGGACUUUUCGUGCAAUGGUGAUGGCGAUUUUUUAAAAUGGAUAGAUGGUAAAACAUUAUACAGUGCCAUGAAAAAUAUUGAGUUGAAGUCUUCUUCAAGUCCAAGAUCGAGAGGUAGCAGUAGUUCAAGAACAAGAUUUAGCAGUAGUUCAAGAGGAAGAGUAAGCACUCCAGACACGAGUGUACCAAUCAAGUUUACAGAAAACGGUGUCAUUCAACAUGUUGAACUUAAUCUCCUUAAUGUCCGACCAUCACCUGAGUCCAGAAUUAGAGGAGCAAAGCAAUGGGACAAGGUUGGUCGACUAUAUCCCAAAGUUGAAGGCACACAAGUCAGUCUUACUCUUGACAUAGACGAAAUAAUUUGGCCUGGUAAGUUACCUACACCUCCACGAGGAAAACCUGAAAAGCGAGCUUUCAAAAUAGCUACGAAAGAGGAGGAACCGUUCAUGAUAUUUAUACCUCCAGCUCUGGAUGGCAAGUGCGGACAUCAUCAAGUGCCAUGUCUGGUGAAUGCAGGAACAGCGAAAAGCAAUACCAGUUACCCUAACGGAACUGUUAGUUAUUGUUGCACGGGUAUGUGUGUUGAAAUCCUUGAGACGCUUGCAGAGCAACUUAAUUUUGAGUAUACCUUAUACGAAGUUCCUGACGGAGAAUGGGGAAUAAAGGAUCCAGUAACAAAGGAAUGGAAUGGUCUGAUAAAAGAACUAUUAGACGAGAAAGCAGACAUGGUGGUUACUAACUUUAUUAUCGAUGAAAUGAGGCUCGGAAUAAUAGAUUUUUCAACGCCGUAUCUUGAAUCAGGGGUCACAAUAAUGGUAUCAAUACGGAAAGGGGCAAUAUCUCCUUAUGCCUUCCUUGAGCCUUACGAUUUUUAUUCAUGGAUCCUGAUUCUCAUAUUCAGUGUUCAUGCGACUGGGGCCUCAAUAUUCAUCUUUGAGUGGUUAAGUCCGAGUGGUCUGGAUCAGGGAAAGACGUCAACAGUAGAGCAUAAAUUCUCUUUGUUCCGAUCGUUCUGGUUGAUAUGGGCAAUGUUGUUUGGAGCGGCCGUUUCCAUUGAUGUCCCAAGGGGAGUUUCCAGCAGAUUUCUGGCGAAUGUAUGGGCUUUAUUUGCCCUUGUUUUUCUGGCUAGCUAUACUGCUAAUCUCGCCGCAUUUAUGAUCACAAUAGAUGAAUAUUACGACCUGUCUGGAAUAGAGGAUUGGAGGCUUUUGAAGCCAACAACUCUGACACCACAUUUCAAAUUUGCUACUAUAAAUAGCACUAGCACUGAUAGCAAUUUGAAAACAACAUAUCCAAAAAUGCACAAGUACAUGUCAAAAUAUAGCCAAGUAGAUGUUAAAACAGCGAAACAAAAUUUAAAGAAUAAUUCGAUCCAUGCGUUUAUCUAUGACGCCAAUGUGUUAGAGUAUACGGCAGGGCGGGAUGAAGAAUGCUCUCUACUCACCGUCGGUAGGUGGUACGCCAUGUCUGGGUAUGGUGUAGGAUUCCGUCGAGGCUCAAUACUAAAGGACGAGGUCGAUGCGGCUAUUCUGAAUAUGCAGUUUACAGGUGAUAUAGAGCGUCUAGAAAAGUUCUGGUUGUCAGGCGCUUGUCAUGCCAAAAAGGAGAAAAAAGACAAACGCAGCAACAAAAUAGGAAUAUUAAAUUUUAUCAGUGCUUUCAUAUUGUUAGCUACAGGAGUACUUUUAAGUGUGAUAUUAAUAGUUUUGGAACACUUGUACUUUAAAUCAGGAAGGAAGUGUUUGAAGAAAUAUGAUAAAUGUGGAUGUUGUGCUCUCGUGAGUUUGAGUAUGGGUAAAUCAUUAACUUUUGAGCAGUCUGUAUUUGAAGCUAUAGACAUUCAACGUAAACAUAAAUGUAAAGAUCCCAUAUGUGAAAUGAACAUUUGGAAAGCUAGACACCAGCUAGAUAUUGCCUUAUUAAAGAUCAAGAAUAUGCAAAAGGAAAUAGAUGAUGCAGAGACGUCGAAACCAUCCGGCUCAAAUAUAGAAACAAAUGUUGAUGUUAGCAAGUUAUAGUUUAUACGAGUUGUGUCAAAGAUAAGCGUGUUCGUAAAGUGUGUCCAUAGCUAAAAUGUAUGAUACAUCAUGCGAAAAAAUGUUUCAUAAUACAUAUGUGUACAUGUAUUUAACCUGUUUUAAUGUUAUGCGAUUAUAUGUGUAAGUGUGUAGGUCUGAAGUUUUAAAACAACUGUCAAAUACUUUUAAAGAACUUUGAUUAUUUAUUUGUUUUAUAUGUAUUCUGGGCUCAUACUCAAACGUUUGUAAUUGCUCAGUUGUGCAAACAUAUCCUACAAUUUAUACUUCUGCCCAUUUAGUUGUACCAUCGGCAGUGUCUUGACGCAGACCAUGCCAACCUGAAACAAAAAUGCGAGUUCAACCCUUCUUACAGUCGUGCAAGACCAUGGUUGAAUAUGAGUAUGAUUGACCACGUGACUGAUUACUUAGUUUGACAAUGAAUUUUAUUUCAACUUGUAUGUCAAGGUCAUUUAUAUAUUUCCAUAAAUAUUCAUUUGUGUCAUAAUGACUAUAUUGUAUUUUAUUUCAUAUUGUCGAAAUCAUUGGUACAUUUCCAUAUAUAGGCACUGGCAUCAUUAUGAUUCUGAAACAUUAUAUUCCACCUUGAGUGUCAAGGUCAUUUAUGUUUUUCCAUUUAUAGUCUUUGACGUCAUUAAGAUUCUAAUGCAUUACAUUUUACAUUGUGUGUCAGUGCAAAUUAAAGGCCGUUGAUGCCAUAUUUGAUUUAUAGUCGGUCAUAACAUCUUAAAAACUACAGUAAAAGUAUCCGUCGAAAUAUUAUUUUCAAAUGAUCGUGAAGAAAGAAAGAAAGACAAAAUGCAUUUUAAUACAAUUGAGUGAACAUUUUCGUGAUAUAUACAGCACAUAUCAUUGAUAAAAUAAAUUUUUUAAAAAAUCUACGAAGAUCCCAUCCCAUUGUGAUCACAUUUGCAUAAGACCUUUUGGCAAAUUUUGAAUGGAAGUAAGAUUCAAUAUAAAGUCAGUCGAUAUUUCUGUGGGUAAUGUGUCCGGAUGAUGUGUGAUUGACCUGGAUGUUUAAGAAUAUUUUGAUGCUUUUUAAUGUUAAUAUGUUUUAAAUUUUCACAAUAUAGGUGUGAAUUACAAAACAUAAAAUAUGUUGUAUUAACUAAAAUGUGCCCAUUAGCAUUAUGAUCUAUUUCGUCUUCCAUUCAUACAUGUACCACCAAUGUAUAAAUAAAACUAUGGUCUUUCUGUAAAAUAAUUGUAUAUAGAUUUCCACAAAUGAACUAUAUAUAUUCAUAUAAUUAUGUAUAUAUUAUUUAAGAGUGUCGUCUGUAAAAAGAACAAAGUAGCUUUCUGCUAUUUAUUUUUUAUUGUUAUUUGAGAUUGUGUUACUAUAGGGGUUUUAGAAUAAUGAAACUCCUAUUUUGGAGAUGAUUAUUUUAGGAUUGUUAGUCUAACCAGAUUAUGUACACAAGUAAAUCAACCAUUCAAGUCAGCUUUGUACGGGUAAUGCAUGUUGCUCAUGUAAUGUCAUGAACUGGUUAGCGUACAUGUAAUAUGUUCGGGCACUAACAUAUGGCAAGAUAUUCUAACGGGAAGCAAACAUGCAUUAACGCUGUUAUAGCAUUUAACUUGUAAAAAACUGAAAGUGAAUAUACUUUUGAUCAGCUGCAUCAAAAUGACAUAAGUAUCAACGUAAAAUUUGUUGUUUUUUUUGUUUUGGGUUUAACGCCAUUUUUCAACAGUAUUUCAGUCAUGUACGGCGGGCAGUUAACCUAACCAGUGUUCCUGGAUUCUGUACCAGUACAAACCUGUUCUCCGUAAGUAACCGCCAACUUCCCCACAUGAAUUAUCAGAGGUGGAGGAAUCAACGUAGAUACGUGGCAUCAGUCAUGUAACAUAUAUAUCAAUUUGAACAAAGAAUUUUUUUUCAUUUUGCCAGAACACGCUUAUAUGUCACACAGCAGCGCGUCAGCCCAAUAAUCCUUUAGUAAACAACUUUUACUCCCCCCCCCCCCCCCACACACACACCCUGUUGAACCACCCGAUAAGAACGGCAUAGCUAUUUCAUAUGAGAAAGAAAUAAUCGACGAUAAUACAUAGCUUGUAAAGAAAUAUGUCGUCAUUCCAUUGAUGGAAAUUUAAAUUUAAAUAAUAAAAAGUUGCGACGUAACAAAUGUUGUAAAUGUCUAUCUGUAUAGCAGAAUGUAAGUUCAUUUAUUUUACAAUAGAAACCCAAGUUUAAUUCAAAAGAUGAUAUUUUUUUGCAUCAUCUUAACAGCUCAUAAGGUUCAUAAAAAACAAGAAAACUGAUUAUAAUUGACAUACGAUAUAUUACACAUGUCCUAAAUGUACACCCCGCCCCCCGGUUAUUGAUUCCUCAAAUCAUACGUUCGAUGCAAGUUGAAAGGUAAUUAUAAUGCAAAAUUUAAAAUCAGCUUGCUGAUAUACACUUUUUACUUGUUUUAUGUACAUUGUGAACAUGAAAAUUGUUUUGCAAUUGUGAAUGUCAUGACAGUUUUAUAAUAUUUCGUCAUUUCCUUAAAUACAUAUUGCUGUUUGUGUACAACCAUUGUCUUUACUGCUGUUGCUACAUGAAGAUGUUUGAUAUGAAAUAAAGUUAUUGAAUUAUCACCUUG